GCUUUUGUAGAUUCCUAUUGAAUGCUCAGGGGCGAUGUGAAAUAGAAUGGCUUUAUAUUCUGGUUGAAAUGUUCUCUUAGUCUUCCUCUGCUCCAGCCGUUCAUACUCAAUGUGCUAAGAUAAAAUAUAUAUAUAUUCCCAGGGUCCAUCAGAUUCUCUUCUUGAGCCGUCCAAUUCUGGUCGGUUUGAAAUUUACCAUGCUUUUACAUCUGUAUAGCUGGACUUCACUGUGUAUUGAAUCGGAUAGGUUGUAAUUGAUGGAUUCACGUCUGUGGUAGGGCAAAGCUUAUCUUGUGGGAAUCCAUUUGGGUCAUCUACAAUUCCACAGAUUUUUAUACCCAUCUGCUCCUUUGAGCCCGCUGUGCUAAAAUUCCAACUGGGUUGUUUUAGGGUUUCUGUUGACAUUUCCUCAUCAACUGGGUUGUUUUAGGGUUUCUGCUUACAUUUCCUGACCAAUUGGGUUGUUUAUUUAUUUGGUUUCUGUUUACAUCGUAAGGUAUUGGGUGGGUUGGAUUGUUCGAGUGGUAGCUCCUUUAUGGGUUUCUUGGCAGGUCAAUAUAUUCUGAUAAUUCCUCGUUUGGUGCUGCGCGUUGCAUUUUUAUUGGCGUUUGUAAAAAACGCUAUUCUGUGGGCUCUAGAUUGCUUUGAAUCUGAAACCUCUCCAUGGCAGGAUUGUUCAGUCAAUGAAGAAUGUUCUGCUUCUGCAGAAAUUAUCAGACAGCGCUUGCCCAUUGCUACUUUUGGAGAUUUCAUGCAGAGGACCUGUGAAAGUGAAGCGGAUUAUGAGUGUGCUGUUUGCUUGAGUUCAUUUGAAGAAGAUGAUGAAAUUCGAGAGCUCUGUAAUUGCUGCCAUAUAUUUCACAAGAAUUGCUUGGAUAAAUGGCUUGAUCAUGACCAGAAUACCUGCCCUCUUUGCAGAUCUUCUCUUGUGCCUCAGACUGUUGAUACAGGAGAUAACAGCGAGGAUGUAUCAUGGGCUGUAGAUAGGAUUUCUCAUUUCUUUGCUGAGGAUUUUGUCAUAGCAUAACUCUUUGUAGUUUUCUAAUUAUGGUAUAUUUCUUCAGGAUUAUAAGUGUAAAUACAGAGAAUUAAACAUGGGAGAGAUUUCAAAAGA